AUGUGGCACAGAACACUCGAGCUUCCAAAGUGUCUACGCAGGAGCUUCACGGACAGCCCCCGCCUCCCAAUUCAGGGCAUUGAAACAGAUGUUCUCCCCAACGUUGAAGAAGAUGAUGAUCCUGGGCUUUACCCUGAAAGUGUUGAGGCUGCUCCUACAGAAUGUGAAAGUGUUGUCACUCAAGAACACAUUGCAAGGAGCAUUGCAGUUGGUCCCAGCACCAGAACGUGUUUUUUUUCCGGCUAUCACAGUAUUAUUGCAAGCCCAGAUUCUCUCAGAAGUCUCUGUGGGGUCGACGGCAACGUGCUUGCAUUACUGCUCGGCUUGUUGCCAAGUGUGAGGGACAGGAGUAGCGACGUUACAGUUGAAAAUAAGCUGCUCAUAUUUUUAAUGAAAAUGAAGCUGGGCAUAUCAUUCUCUGCAGUUGCUACCCUUUUUGGAGUACAUGAGAAAACUGCGUCCCGUGCAUUCUACACUGUGCUUCACACACUCGUUGAAAUCACGAGGGACUGGAUCUACAAGCCCCCAGUAACUGACAUAAUGUUGUCGCAGCCCUCUUGCUUUAAAGCAAAUUACCCACAGUGCACCCUCAUCAUCGACUGCACAGAACUGAAAACUGAAACCCCACCCGAGGUCAGGCAGCAACACAUGCUCUACUCUCCAUACAAAGGAACUUACACGUUGAAAUUCCUUGUUGCUAUCAUCCCAAAUGGAAUGGUUGUCUUCAAGUCCAAACCAUAUGGUGGUAGAUGUUCGGAUACUCAUAUUACAUUAGAUUCUAAGUUUCUGAACAUUAUUGGACCCGAAGACACAAUUUUGGCUGACAGGGGCUUCCCAGGCAUCAGAACUUCCCUUGCUGAUAGAGGAGUAAUCCUCGUAAUGCCACCUUUUUCAGCAGGAAGCAAUAUUCCCUUCACACCCGAGGAAAUGGAACAGACUUACUCAGUCGCAUCUGUCCGAAUACACGUAGAGAGAGCAAUUAAGAGGAUUAAGCAUUACAACAUCUUAAAUCACCGAGUACCAGUUUCACUGAUUCCUGCUAUGGAUGAGAUCUUUCACAUGUGUUGCAUUUUAGCAAACCUUCAGCCACCUUUGAUUUUGUCACAGUGAAUAGUCCGUAAUUAAAGCCAUGCAACGGCUACAUAAACAGUGUACAUAUUUUCUUGUUUGUCCUUUUGGUUACAUUGCUUUAGUCCUUGGCAAAGCUUUUAUAUAGAUACAGCUGCUCUGAAGCUUGUUUACAUCCUGUUCCUUCACUGCUAUUUUUCGUAUUCUUUAAAUUAUUUAAGAACUUGUUAUAAACUGCAGUAGCAGUGCCAGGAGGAUAACCAACAUCCUCCCAUUUGAGAGUAUCUGUACUUGUUUUUAAAUUUAAGUUCACAACAUGAGUAUUAAGCUGAAAUCAAUGUCACAGCUGUGUUACAUUUUGAUUGCACUUGUUGUCUUUUAUCAUUUUAGACCACUGUAUUUUGCAACAAUGUUGAUUAAGUGCAUUUCUCUUAAUAAACAUUUCAUUCCUAGUAAAUAAGUGCCACUGAAAACGGGUCCAACAAUAGCGUACAGUAGGCAUAGGCAGACACGA